ACAACGCAGCCGACGUAAACUCAUUAAACAAACGGGCUAGAACGACAUAGUGCAACGCACUGAAAAAGGCGCAAGGAAUGGUUUGAAAACUCAGAGAGAUUGUGAAGUUCUUGCAGUCUGCAUGCAACCAUGGGAUUUGAGGAAUUUUGCAAUGGAACUAUAUGGGAUGAAAAUUUGUUGUUGAACAACUCCUAUCCCCAGUUCACAGAGUGCUUUCAGAAUACCCUGUUAAUAUGGGUGCCAUGUGGUUUCCUGUGGCUAACUCUCCCAUUUUAUCUCCCAGCAUUAAUGUCUUCAAAGGAGGAUGUUACACCACUGCCACUCACUUGGCUAAAUGUCUCCAAAAGUUUUAUAAGUUUGAUUCUAGCAUUUCUUAGUGUUGUGGAUCUCAUCAAAGCAACAAGUGAUAAUGAAUCUAACCAUGUUCCAUCAGCUGUGUUUGUUGCACUGGGAAUUGAAUUUGCUUCAUAUAUGCUGUCAGCCGUACUUAUACAAAUGGAGAGAGCACAGGGGUACAUCACAUCAGGUGUGCUAUUUGUGUUUUUUCUGCUGAGAACAGUGGCUGGAAUUGUACCAUUUUAUACCUUUAUAGAAGAAAAGGUGUACAAUGUGGAUCUGGAGAAGUUUGUGCUGUUUUACAUUUCCUUUGGUCUCCUGUUCCUACAGCUGGUUUUCCAUUGUAUUGCUGAGAAAGUGUCAAGAAGAGGCUAUUAUGAAUUGGGCAGAAAUCCAUGUCCUGAGAUCAAGGCUUCGAUCUUAAGCAGACUGACUUAUUGGUGGAUGAACAGUCUGGUGAUAACAGCCUACAAGAAGGAUUUGACCGAAGACGACCUGUUUGAUUUAAAUCCUCGAGAUGCCAGUGAUAGAGUUGUACCAGAGUUUGCUGAGCAAUGGGAAAAAGAAGUAGCAAAACACAGGAAAAUUGAGAAAAAAAUUCCAAGGUCAUCCAAUGGGCGACAAAAUGUCACCUUCCAAGUGGACCGAAGACAACAGCAUCUACAGGCCUCGGAGAAGACACCUCUGGUGGGCACCUCGAGGCAGAGCUACUCUACAACCGUGGAGAUUAAGGACCCCAGCAAGAAAAAGCAGGAUGGGGCCUCACUCUUUAGGGUACUAGCAAGGACUUAUGGACCAGACUUCCUUAAAGCCUGGGGCUGCAAGUUCAUUUAUGACUUGUUACAAAUGGCUAGUCCCUCUCUGUUGAGUGUCCUAAUUGGAUAUGUGGAGAGCAAAAAUGCCGAGGGCUCCACUGAGUAUGCAUGGAAAGGCUACGUGUAUGCUGUGGGAUUUUUUGUCAUAGCACUUUUACAAUCCACAUUUUUUCAUCAAAAUUUUUUUAUUGGAAUGACAUUGGGAAUGAGGAUUAGAUCAGCUCUUAUUGCAGCCAUCUAUAAAAAGUCGUUAACAAUGAACAAUGAGGCGAGGAAGUCUUCGACAGUGGGAGAAAUCGUGAACCUAAUGUCGGUGGAUUGUCAGCGGAUGCAGGACCUCAGCGGAUAUCUGUGGAUGUUGUGGUCGGCUCCAGUACAGAUCACGCUGGCUAUGUAUUUAUUGUGGAUGCAGCUGGGUCCAUCUGUACUCGCAGGGUUGGGAUUGAUGCUUCUGCUGAUUCCAGUUAAUGCUGUCAUCUCAAUGAAACAAAGGAAAUUACAGAUUGACUUGAUGAAGUUCAAAGACAAAAGACUGAAACUCAUGUCUGAGGUGUUGAAUGGAAUGAAGGUGUUAAAAUUGUAUGCUUGGGAGCCAUCUUUUCAAAAGAAGAUUUCAGAGAUCAGAGAUAAUGAAACAAGAAUUUUAAAGAAAAAUGCCAUGUACAGUGCUUUCAGCUCUUUCUCCUUCACAACUGCUCCAUUUCUGGUGACCUUGCUGACCUUUUUGGCCUAUGUGUUGACAUCAGAUACAGGUUACCUUAGUGCCCAGAAAGCCUUUACUUCGCUGUCUCUGUUCAACAUUUUAAGGUUUCCUAUCAAUCUGUUACCCAUGAUGAUCUCCUAUGUCAUACAGGCUAAUGUCUCCAUUGGAAGAAUAUCAAAGUUUUUGAAAAAUGAUGAUUUAGAUCCAGAUGCAGUACAACAUGAGCCAAAAUCAGAUUCAGUGGUGUCUGUGGAGAAUGGCACCUUUAGCUGGGAUCCUGAAUUACAACCAGCUCUCAGAGAUAUAGACUUUAAGAUCCCCGCCGGUAAGCUGGUGGCAGUGGUAGGGCAAGUGGGGUCGGGGAAGUCCUCCCUCCUCUCAGCCCUACUGGGAGAAAUGGAGAAAGUCUCAGGCAGUGUCAAUGUCUUUGGUAAUGUGGCAUAUGUUCCACAACAGGCCUGGAUCCAGAAUGCCACUGUCAAAGACAACAUCCUGUUUGGUAAGCCCAUGGAGGACGGUAAAUACAAUGAAAUACUGGACGCCUGUGCUCUCCGAACAGAUCUAGAGAUCCUGACGGGGGGAGAUAUGACAGAAAUUGGAGAAAAGGGUAUAAACUUGAGUGGGGGACAGAAGCAGAGAGUGAGUUUGGCCCGAGCCGUCUACAACAAUGCUGACAUCUACAUGCUUGACGACCCUCUGAGUGCUGUAGAUUCUCACGUCGGGAAACACAUCUUCCAGAAAGUGGUGGGAGACAAGGGACUGUUACGCAACAAGACCAGAAUAAUGGUGACUCACGGAGUCCACUGGCUGCCUAUGGUAGACUCUAUCAUUGUGUUGAUUGAUGGAAGAAUCACAGAGAUGGGCACCUACGAUGAACUGCUGAGUCAUGAUGGAGCGUUCGCCCAGUUCCUGAAGACAUACCUGACACAGGAAAAUGAGGAUGAGGAAGAGGAUGAAGAAAUUGAACAGAUGAAAAGUAAAAUUCUACAGAGAGUUGAGUCUGUUACCUCGGACACUGGGGCUACAUCAGGGGAUGAUGGAAAAGUCAGAAAAAGGAAAGACAAAAGUGAGAAACCUCCACUGGCAAGAUCUAUCUCAACAAUUGAUGGUUCUGAAUUGAAAGAUAGGAAAGAUUCAAAGACUAAAGAAGAUGCUCCUAAACUGAAAGAAAAGGAUAAGCUUAUAAAGGAAGAAAAGACAGAAAAAGGCCAAGUGAAGUGGAAGGUAUUCAUGAUGUACUUCCGCGCUUUAGGACUUGCUGCCUCCGUGGUUAUCCUCAUCAUCUUUGUUAUCUUCCAAAGUGCCAGUGUGGGAGCUAAUAUCUGGCUCUCUAUCUGGACCACGGACAAACAGCUGGCUAACCUUAGUCAGGCCAACACCACAGAAUACCAGGACAAAAAUUACAUGUAUCUCGGGGGCUACGCUGCUUUUGGUGUGGUUCAAGGACUGGUGGUUAUGAUCUACACUCUCCUGGCAACAUUCAAAAUGGUGGACGCCUCUCGUAAACUUCACAAUGCCAUGUUAGAAAAUGUCAUGAGAGCGCCGAUGAGUUUCUUUGACACCACCCCCAUUGGUCGUAUAGUGAACAGAUUCUCUCGGGAUGUAGAGACCACAGAUUCCACCCUCCCCAUGGUUUUGAGGAUGUGGCUGAACAGCUUUUUCACUACUCUCAGUACUUUUGUCGUGAUUAGUUACAGUACACCCCUGUUUUUGACUAUCAUUAUUCCUGUGCUGAUUUUAUAUGUAUUGGUGCAGAGAUUUUAUGUGCCUACUUCAAGACAACUCCAAAGAAUAGAGUCUACCACAAGAUCACCUAUAUUCAAUCAUUUUGGGGAGUCUAUAAGUGGAGCCUCCUCUAUCAGAGCUUACCAUGAAGAAGACAGAUUUAUUAAUGAGUCCCUUUCAAGAGUGGAUAAAAACAUCUUGUAUACCUUUGCCAGGACAACAUCAAACAGAUGGCUUGGUUGGAGACUGGAGUUUGCUGGUAAUCUUAUUGUGUUUGCGGCAGCCAUAUUUGCUGUUGUCACUCCAAAUCUAAGUGGAGGUUUAGUGGGUCUUUCUGUAUCGUAUGCUCUGCAGGUGACAAGUGUCCUCAACAUGUUGGUCCGACAGACAGCUGAUCUAGAAACAAAUGUGGUCUCUGUGGAAAGACUAAAGGAGUACUCAGAAGUAGAAACAGAGGCUGAUUGGAUUCGUCCCUUCAGAAGACCUCCCCACGAUUGGCCCGGUAUGGGCGGAGUUAUCUUCCAUGAUUAUAAGACCAGAUACAGAGAAGGGUUAGACCUUGUUCUGAGGGGAAUAUCCUUCCAAGUGCUGGGUGGCCAAAAGGUUGGCAUAGUGGGCAGGACAGGGGCAGGUAAAUCCUCUCUGACUGUUGCCCUGUUCCGCUUGAUUGAGUCUGCUGGAGGUCAAAUUGUGAUAGACGGUCAGCGGAUUUCUGACAUGGGUCUUCAUGAUCUCAGGAGCAAACUAACCAUUCUACCUCAGGAUCCAGUAUUAUUUUCGGGAACCCUGCGUAUGAACAUUGACCCCUUUGAUGUGUACACAGACAGACAGAUCUGGGAUGCCCUGGAGCACUCCCAUCUGAAGGCGUACGUAGAGGGGCUCCCCGAGGGACUGCAGCAUGAGUGUGGGGAAGGAGGGCAAAACUUAAGUGUUGGCCAAAGACAGCUUGUUUGCCUAGCCAGAACCUUACUGAGGAAAACCAAAAUUCUGAUCCUUGAUGAAGCCACAGCAGCAGUUGACAUGGAAACCGAUGACCUCAUCCAGAAAACCAUCAGGACAGAGUUCAAGGACAGCACUGUGUUGACAAUCGCCCACCGACUCAACACCAUCAUGGAUUAUGACAAGGUUCUAGUCUUGGACCAGGGUCUAGUCAAGGAGUAUGACAGCCCAGAAAAUCUCCUGAAAAACAAAUCCACUGUUUUCUAUGGAAUGGCCAAGGAUGCCAACCUAGUGUAACUGCAAUCCAAUACCAAUUUUGGUUCACCUGAAAAACUCUCGUACACUACACCAGUGCUACCAGUGCACCUUUAACCAUGGUUUACCAGUCGAAGAGUAAAUUGACCAUGUUAAGCCGUAUAUGAAAGACCAAACCAGAAUGCAUUCAAUUCAGAGGAGUGUUUUUGUUAGUUAUACAGUAUAAUGAUUUUUUUAAUUAUUUUUUUUUCAAUGUCAAUUGUGUGUUUCUUCCUUUUUUUGUUUUUUUUUAAACUAGUGAGUUUUAGGAAAUGGAAAAAUUUCAUUUACCAGUCAUAUACCUAGAGUCGGGUAGUUAGGGUCUUUAUAAUCAUAUUAGGUAAGGUUUUAAUAUAUUUGUUAUGUAUAAUAGCCCAAAAAUCUUAAAUCGUUUCAAUGUGUGUGUAAUUUUAAAGCAAAUUGAAAAUAUGCAGAAAAAUAAUAUUUUGAAGUAUUAAAUUGAAGUUAGCAUGUAUUUGGAAAUGGUAGUGAUUUUGUUCUUAGAUAUAUAUUUAUUUUGUUAUGGUUAUGAUAAUCAUCAUCUAUAGCUCAAAGGUUGUGUGAAAAUUGUAAUUAAGCAUAAACCUUUAUUUUUCAUUGGGUCCAGAAUCUUAGAUUUUAGGAAAAACUGCAAUGGGAAUGGUUUUCAUAUUCAGGAAAGUUUGAGAAUCACAGCAUUCCAAACUGAAAAUUAGGUCAAGUGUACAUUUCAAUCAGCCAUUGUUUACACAGAUUUAUAUAGAAAACAUUUUGAGAUUUAAGAAGACACUCCAAAUUAUUCUCUAAAUUUCUUAAUCUUAAGAAUUAUAACAAUAAGUUAUUUAGAUAAGUAGAAACAUGUCUGAACAGGAAAUUAUUGCUGCUAUAAAUAUAUUUUUUUUUCAAAAUUAAGUGGUUUUGAGAGAAGAUCUUUCUUAAAAGUACUCUUUUAAAAUGUUGUAUGGUUCUCCAAGAAAAAAUUCUGAGUAAACCAAAUCAGCAUUCAUGAAUUCAUUUUUAUACCUAUUGAAAGCAAAUCAUGUUGGAGGCAUAUCCUUAGGGUAGAUACAUGUAUCAGCAUAUUUGGCCUUCUGUCUCAAAGUAUGAGUUGUAUAUUUUGCUGAAAAGGAAAAAAAAAACGGAACCAUUAUAACUGACCCAAAUAAUGCUUAGAUUUUGAUCACAAUAUACAUUAAAAAUGUGAAUUCAUGGCAUUGGUCAUAGGACUAACAUUAUGAUUAUACUAAAUGAUGAGAGUAUUUUGACCUUGAACCAGUUUCAGUUAGCCAGGGUCAAGAAAAAAGAUACUGACAAUGUUGAUUUCUUAAUAAUAGGGGUGACAUAAGUAUAUUUAAUAUUUUAAUCUAUAUUUGCCUUGUAUUUGUUCUGUUGGAGGUUGGGUGGGGGUUAAACCCAAAAGCAGAACCAAGUCAUAUACUCAGUAAUCAAGAUGCAGUAUCCUAUAGCAGAUUGUCCAAGUUACCCUCUGCAUUGGUUACUUUAAGAGCAACAGGGUGAAAAUAGUCUUAGUUUCUGUUAGCAAUAUUAUAUUCAUGAUAUAAAACAGUUAGAAUAUAGAUAAAGAUAUGAAAUAUUUUCUCUUACAUGUAAUUACAUUUAAUUUUUUGUGCCUUUUACAUUAGAAUACCAUUUGAUCCUUUUUCUUAUUUUUACAAAAAAAAAAAUUCUACAAAUAUGCAUACAAUUUGUCUCUUGUGCCAUCUAAGGACCUUCUUUCUGUGUUUUGUUUUCAGAUUUUAUCUAUUUAGUGCAUGUGUUUUGUUUUGGUGUUUUUUUCAUUCCUGUUUAGGUGUUGUGUAUACAAUGUAUUAUAUUGAGAUGUCUAUAUUUAUAACCUACAUGGGUGUAUUAUAUUUGUAUAACAUUAUGUUAUGAUUUGAAAAAAAAAUCAUAAUGCUUUUGAGUAGAAGCUUGAAUAUUUUUUUAUUUGAUAUUGUACAUGUAUAUAUACUGUAGAGACACUUGUAUUCUUAUAAGUAUUUGAUAUUUAUUUAUCAACAAAAUUAAAUUUAAUAGUAAAUAAGG